AUGGCGGAAAAAGACGAAGGGAAAAAGAAAAGGACAAACAGAGGAAUAACUUGGCCCGAUACUGCAGCAAUUGCAUUGCUGAAUAUUUGGCAGGAAGAAGAGAUUCGAAUAUCUUUGGAAACCUGUAAAUCGUCAAAAGAAAUGAGAGCUACUUAUCGAACAAUCACGGUAAGUUUUUGGAGUUUAAUACAUUGAAAAAAGUUGUGUAAAAACAAAAUAUUUUAUAUUCUACAUUGCAGUUGGAAUUGCACAAAAAAGGUUUCACUGACUACACACUCGAAAACGUCGUUAAUAAGAUGAAAAAGCUGAGGCAACGCUUCAAAAAAGAAGUCGACAGUGCAAAGAAAAGUGGAAAAGGCCGAGCAAAACCUUGGAAAUUCUUCCAACGGUUGAACGACAUUAUCGGUCACAGACCAAAUGUUCGUCCUGCAUUUUGUGUCGACACAUCGGCAGGCGAAAAGGCCGAAGAUAAUUCAGAUAUAGAUCAUGGAGAGGAACAAGAAACAG